UGAGGGAGAGAGCACACGUCUGUGCGUCCGCGUGUCGACAAACGUGACUGUGUUUUUUUUAAUAAUAAUUAAAAACCCAUAAAAAAUAUUACCCAACCGCUGGAUUAUGUAAAAGUCAAAACAAUCGAGGAGAAGAAUGACCCACGAAAAGAUGGCUGAGACCGUGUUUUCUGGGUGCUAGCCGAUAAACAGAUCCAGUGACGCUUGGCGGGUAGAGGAGAUGUUGAUGUCUUAAGGAGAGAUCUCAGUCACCUCUGAAUCGACAACAUGAAGACCAACGCAGCAGAAUACUUCAGCAGCCUUUCGCCUCUCAAAGCUGCUCACAACACAUCGGGGAGCAGUGUGUAUGAGAGCCAUGUGCAGAAUGGUCGUUCAGGGCGGUGCCAUUGCUGCCCCUAUGGAUACCACAUUGACCUGGACUUUGUGCGAUACUGCGACAUGCUCACACAGGGCUCGAAGAAUGACAGCCCAACCCUUCGACACCUAAAGAAGCUCAAGCGGGCCAGGCGUCGACAAACAAAGUCCAUGGAGGUUCUCCUCGGCCUGUCUCCGGGGAAGGAAAACGAAGCGCCGCCCAACCAACUCUCACAGACGAGGCUGGAAAUAAUCGAGGAGCCGAGGAAGAUCGAGACCCUGAAACAUGAGACCUCCUCGAUCGCACGAAGGUCCCAGUCGCUGCGGGAACGAACGCCCCCUCCCCCUCCACCCAGGCGAUGCAGGACGCCCCUGAUGUCUCCCCCACCGGAUGUCAUCAACACCACGUCCCACUCCAGCUCCGGCCUCAACUCCAGCUCCAACUUGGAUGCGAGUGAGGCCCUGCAGGAAGCAGUUCUUGACUUCGAAGAGAUGCUCGAGAACUCCCGCGAGAGACGUAACCACCAGAGGGACCGUGCGGACACCCUGCCUGCCCCCAAUGUGCCCUCCCUUGAUCUUCUCCACCACACACCUCCACCACAGCAAAAUCACCACCACUCCCUAAGCCCCAAGCCAGGGGGCGCUGGAGUGACGCGCUCGCACUCACUUCCCAGGCAAUGGUUUAACAGACCUCUCCUCUCGCCACCUGCCUCCUCCCAGCCCUCUCCUACACAUCCCUCCACACACACCUCUGACGAGACCGCUCCAGGGCUCGCAGAGGGACGAACACAGAUGGCGGUGCUGAAGGCCUUGCGCCGCAGCUGGGCCAGGUACACCAUAGGGGGCCGCAUUCCCCGACGCUUCUCAGAUGGUGCAAUGCUUGAGGACUCGCCGCUGCUGAGCCGCCACCAGCACACUAACUCCACCUCCUCCCUCUCCUCUGCCUGCUCUACCCCAGGCUAUCAGGGUGGGGCCCCUCAAUCAUCCACCCUGCCGUCAGGUGGAGGCUAUGGGGUCUCACCGAGCGCCCCACUCAACAAUGGACUCUCACCAGGAUUCGGACUGCCACCAAGCAAUGUAGGAAUAAUUCAGCAACAAAUGCCGCCCUCCCCACAUCUCUCUGACACCCUGGCGGCACUCAACGCUAGCAGUCGGGGCUACUAUCCGGCUGCGAUGCAGGACUUUGACACUAUGAGUGUGACGUCCGCCAUGUCUGGGGUCAGCACCUCCACGCUCCAGUCCAUCCGCGAUCAAAUGGCAACGAGUUUGAGUCGACUGAAGGAACUGGAGGAGGAAGUGAAGACCAUCCCAGUGUUGCAGGUCAAGCUGAAUGUCCUGAAGGAGGAGAAGCGGUUCCUCCUUCAGCAGCUCAAGUCGUUGAGGCUGAAGGGAGAUGACGUGCCCUUCCUGCUUCCACCUGGAUUGGACAGCGACCUGACUGACCUCUCAGAGGAUGAGCUGGAGGGUCGUUUGGCCAGCCUGAAGCAGCACCGUCGGCCAUCACGCAGGCGCAGCGAGUCACCUAUGCGAGUCAACCUGGAGGAGUUCCGUUCGUAUCGGCGUGCAAGGCGAGGCUCUCUCUCAGAGGGCUCAGAGUGCGAGUCAGUGCGAUCAGUGGCAGAUGACACACCUCUUUUCAUUAAAGAGGUGCAGGAUCACACCUCGGAGCGUCGUCUUAGCUAUGACACAUCUUCUGAGAGGCGCCUGGGCUUGGACCAAGCUGGAGAGAAGAGAGUGAGUCACAGUAUGCCCAGCACCCCUCUUGUUCCCCGGAAGAGUGUCCGUGACGCAUCCACUAGUUGCCGAGUUCUGACAAGGGACAUAGGGGUAUCCCAUAUAGGAGCACGCACACGUUCUGUUGGCCUCACCACGGAUAAGGUGGAGGUAGAUAGGAGGAAGGAGAUCAAGGCCAAGCCCUGCAUGCAGUGCUAUGAGAGGAAUCGCAGGACCUUUGAAAGCAAGGGGGUUGGGACUCCCACAGAGCUACAAGGAGACAAACACAGGCGGCUGAGUAUGAGCAGUGUGUCCUUGGAGAGUGUAGAGCCAGAUGGUGUGGAUGCAGACCAUAGGGAUCCUUUGGAGAAAGAAGGCAGCCCCAAGAAUGCAUUUCUGCAAAAGCUGGGCAGGAAGUCUGCCAUUAUCAGCCGAUUGUCAGAGCCGCAGCUAGCUCCUCCGGUGCUCACUUUCGACAAUUCCACCAACACUGAGCAUGUGCAUACUAGGGACCAGAGACUUAACACCAGUAUCUCCAUGAAGGAUCUCUUCUCAAGAGAAGAGCUCAACCAACAGCUAGCCGAGGCGAAGAGGAAGUGGGAAGCAACAAGAGAUGCCCAGGCCUUAGCACAUGAGAGGAGGCGAGAGAUGCAGAAACCCCUGAUGAUAGAUUGUGGGGUCCAGGUGGCCACGAAGGAUGCCAGCUUCACCAAAACUAAGUUCCAGCCUCUGUUGCAAAGCAUUGGUGUGAUGGCCAAGCCCUCCCUAGUUGAUAUGGGUGUGGGGAUGGCAAAACUCACAGACCUCCUCUGUGACAAGUGUAGCAAUGUGAAGAAGCGGUCUGUUGGAUCUGGAGAUGGACUGACGACGGAUCUUAUUUGUGAUAAAUGUACUAACACAAAAACUAGAUCUGUUGGUGUUGGAGACUCCAAACUAAGUGAUAUUUUGUGUGAGAAAUGUUCACAGAUUCAAACAAAAUCAGUGGGUUCCAGCAGUGAUAGGAUCACUGACAGAAUAUGUGACCGUUGCAAUAACCUACACACUCGUUCUGUAGGGACGGGAACAACCUUAUUCACAGAACACACGAGAGCCCCCAAAAUGUCAGCUGCAUAUGUGCAAACAUCGAAGCCAGACACUAGGACCACAGGAGUUAAUACACAGCCCAUAAACUUGAAGAAGGAGGAACUGACUCUUGAUCCAAGUGCAUCUCCCCCAAGUCCAGCUCUCACGCCAGAAGUCGAGCGAAGGUCAUUUGGCAGUUCUGGUGUGCGGAUAUGUGACAAGUGCCAUGAAACAAUUCACUCGGUUGCGAAAGACAUAGUGAAUACAAGUGGUACUGCAUCAGCAACCAAUCUUCCACCUCUUCCCCCACAGACAUCGAAAAUCCCACGGCUAGUAGACCUAACCAAAGUGGAACCGAGAUUAGAUGCCCCCAGACAGGACCUAAAAACCACUAGCAACCUGUCAAUGAGUCUAGGGUCUAGUUGCUCAGAAACUCAGAUCUCAAGCUUGAGCAGCAGCUUCACCGAGUCCAAACCUUCUUCAGCAAUGACCCGGAGUCUGACGAGAAUGGACUCGGCUCCGACUAAACCUGCCAAGCUUGAACGGCCAGUGAAUGCCUCCAGUGAUACCUCUCCAGUCAGAUAUAGUCACUCACCUAAUCAGGGCACAUCAAGUGAUAAUUCCUCCCUUAAAUAUAGCCCGUCUCCAAUGCUGAGCCUGACGAGCAGAGGGCGUACCAAGUCAGACCUAGGCCCCAGUACAUUAAAGGAAAGUCAGCUGCCCAAAGUCAGUCCAAAAAACGAAACUUCAAAAGUUAGUCAGGGAAGUCAUUCCAAGAAAGCAGUCCAGGGCACCAGUACCAGUACCGUUACUAGUACCAGUACCAGUAUAAGUACUAGUACUAGUAGUACCAGCACCAGUAACAGUACCCGUAUCAGCACCAGCAUCAGCACCAGCACCAGCACCAGCACCAGUACCAGUACCAGUACCAGUACCAGUACUAGUACUAGUACCACCACCAGUACCACUGCCACCUCCAAAGCAGAGCCGGCUGUGGUUGGGAGCUCGACACAGAGCAAACGUGUUCCAUAUCUGCGCCAGGAAACCUACACCAAGUUUUCAGAAGGCCUGAUCAACCUGGGCUUUGAUGAGAGUGCUGAUGCAGAGCAGGCAAAGCGGCAGAAGGAGGAGAAGGCCAAGGAGUCUGCCUCAAAGAAUCUCUCGGCAAUAACGGAGAGUAAUAACAACAACAGCGAUGCUCCAAAACGAGUUGCCAAAGUGGAAAAGCAGGAAAAAGAAGCAGAGAAGAAGGAGGAGAGUCCAAAAAAGUCGAAGGAGGUGGAACCGGUGAUCCAAGGGCGGAAGGAGCAGGAGAGCUCGUCAUCAUCUGACAGUGAAUCCGAGAAUGAGACGUGCGAUGAGGAAUCUCUGAUGGGGGCGUCAUUUAGCUCUCAGGCGGUGACCUCGGUGUUUCAGAGUUCCUCCUCGCUUUUCACCACGACCAGCGAGAAGAGUAGGAAGAAGUUCCUGCCCCCAAGAGAGAUGAAAGCCGCCCUAAAGGUUGUGAAUGACUCCAUUGGUAAGCCAGUGCGGUCGGGACAGCAGCUUACCAAUGCUGUCAACAUAAUUCAGAGGGAAUGGUUUAAGCUGUCGAGUCAGAAGGAUGCCGAUCCGCACGCCGUAGAAGACUACAUGGACGUGUUUGAGGACUAUUCGAAGGCACUCCUACAGCGUGUCGUCAACCUGUCUGAUGUGAAUGGCAACACGGCAAUGCACUAUGCAGUUUCGCACGGCAACUUUGAUGUUGUCUCGGUGCUUCUGGAUUCCAAGGUGUGCAACGUCAACCAGCAGAACAAAGCGGGCUAUACAGCGAUCAUGUUGGUGUCGCUGGCACAGAUCCGCUCCGACACGCAUGCCAGCGUCGUCCAGCGGCUCUUUCAGCUCGGCGACGUCAACAUCAAAGCCAGCCAGCAUGGCCAGACAGCCCUCAUGCUGGCCGUCUCCCAUGGGCGGCUGGACAUGGUAGGCCUCCUGGUGGCCGCUGGAGCUGAAAUCAACAUCCAGGAUGAGGAUGGCUCAACGGCCCUCAUGUGCGCAGCCGAGCACGGACACUUGGCCAUCGUCAAGUUCCUCCUCAGCCAGCCUGAUACCGAUCCCACACUUAUGGAUAAUGACGGUAGCACGGCUCUCACCAUAGCAGUGGAGGCAGGGCACAAGGAUGUGGGCGUGUUAUUGUACAAGCACAUGAACCUCUCUCGCGGCUCCUCGCCCUAUUCCUCCGUCAGAAUAAAGCGGUCGCGCACCCCGACCAUGUCCCGGUCCUCAGUCACCCCUCCCCCAAGGUCGUCGGCGCCUUCCUCCCCGGGCCGUUCAAGGAAAUCCUCCGCGCCGCACUCCCCGGGCCGUUCCAGGCAGAGCUCGGCCUCCCUCUCCAAUCUCAUGAUCUAGGGCUGAAGUUUUUGUGUUGUCUCUUUCGUUUGGAUGUUUUUUUUUUUUUUUUUUUUUUUUUUUUUUUUUUUUUUUUUUUUUUUUUUUUUUUUUUUUUUUUUUUACUCUAACUCUCCACCGUAGAAAUCAAUGCAGGAGCUUUCUAAAGCCCAUUUAUCCAUAGCUAAAUGUCUAGUGAUGAAAGCUACAAUGAUAGAGAUGACUUUUGGUGCUUACUGGUUGCUGCUCUUAUUUUUAGAAACUUGUUAACGCUCUAAACUGCAUUCUGAGGGAUGUGAUCGUGUUACCAACACUGAUUAAUUGUCCAUUCUGUUGGUCCUUAUCUCCCUCAAAUCAUAAGUGAAACCCCUAACUUGAAACUUAAAUGGCUUUAUAAACGGUGCUCUUAUUAACAGUGAAAAGCCAUCAAAGCACAAGCAGUUUGUUUCUUUCUACAUCAGAGCUUGAGCAUUGCAUUUAUGUUGCAUUCCAUUGUGAGAGCUUCAUCAUGCAUUAUUGAUUAUAGUGAUGCUGACAUUUCUAUAAUGGGUUUAGGCCUAGAAUUACGAAGAUCUCUUAUGUCGUUUUUUUUUUUUUUUAAGAAAAGACUGUACCUUCUUACUUAACGAGAGCAUAUACCUUCUUAAUCAUUAUAGACUGGGCUUGUGCUUCCACUACAAAAGAAUAAUCCUCAUUUGGGUUAUUUUUAGGAUAACAAAAGUCACAAAAGAGGAUAAGUUGGUAAGUCUGCAGUCAUAUUUAUUCCAAAAGGCAGAAAGAUACAAGAGAGAGGAAGGGAUUACAACCAACGGAGGUCUUUUCUAUAGGUGCUUCUUCAGCGAACUUGUCCCACCGUCUUGUCUCCCGUUUGAAGUCCGUUUAUACUUUUUUUUUUUUUUGAACAAGACGGUAUGUGUGAAGAGGAAAGAAAAAAAAAAAGAGGAGGAUUGAAAUAUAACAGGAUUGAUGAAAGAAAUGAUGGAGGAAGGAAAGGAAGGAAAGAAAGAGAGAAAAAGAAAUGGAUGAAGCGGGGAAGGAAAGAAGCAAAGGCAGAAGAAAGGACAGAAGGUCUUAUUGUGAUAAUUUAUUUGCCGACUGAAGUUUGUUUAUGAUCGUGAUGUAUUUUUCCAUGGAAUGUCUUUUUGUUCAUGAGCUGUUGAAAGUAUUGGUGGCAUAUUUUCUAUUGACAAGUUUUAAAAUUAGUGUUUUAUGUCAAUAAAGGAGAUGUUUUAUAUUGAGAAUGAUAUUGUAGUUUUAAUUGUUUGUAUUUUGAGAGGGAUCACAGAUACUUGAAGUCUGAAGAUGAAAAUGAAGGAAAUGAAAAAUUGUAGCAAAAAAUUAAACGAUUUAUGUAAAUUUGGAAAAAUGUGAUGUAUGUUGAUAUUUGCAGUAAUUAGAUGACCUGAUGUUAUAAAUGAACAUUGUAAAUAAGAAAAAAAAUCAGAAAGAAGUCCUUUACUAAAUAGUUAUCCAUGACAGUAACGAUAUGUAGUUGAAACUGUGUCUGUGGUGUAAUGCGUUCAAUUAAGUUUUGUCGAGGAAAGUGAGUGGUAACGAAUCGUGAUGUUUCUUAUUAUUAGAGUUUUAUUGUUCUUAUUGGUUUAUUAUUAUUAUUAUUAUUAUUAUUGUUAUUAUUAUUAUUAUUUUGUUAUUAUUUUGUUAUUUUUAUCAUCAUUAUUAGUAUCAUUAUUACUGCAUUUCACAGCAUUGCUUCUAGUAUUUGUUACUAAUGACAUAACAGCUAAGAGAAGCCGCGAAAUAUAUGGGUUUCUUGUGAAUAUCUCACGCAUUCCUUUAACAUUCCGUAGAAUAUAGGCAAUUCUAUCUCUAUUCGCGAGUUAACGCAUAAAUGUACAUUAUUUGUUCUCUCUUUAUUUCGUAAGGGAUAUUUGGAAUCGUUCUAAUCCGAGAUGUCCAUUGUGUUAGUGCGUGCAACACUUUGACAAUCGUAAUUUUUAAGGCUAAUUUUCUAAUGUGAUAGAUUAUUUGUAUAAAGCUGUUUUUUUUAGUGAUAUGAAAGUUUUUUUUUUUUUUCAUUUUAAGAUUUUAAUCGCAGUUCUGUCAUACUUACUUGGGAUACUUAAGGUAUUUCGUGAUUAUGUGACUCACACCUGUUUUAUAUUCAUAUAUUCCCUUUUUUUUUUCUUCUUAGUUUCUUUUUUAAUGUGAGAACUGUCUUGUAUUUUGUUCAAAGAAAGAAGGAAACUAUAGCCACACUUUUUUUUUUUUUUUUUCUUGUGCAUUGUAUGAUGACUUCGGUUCCCAAAUGUGCAGUUUAACUUUAUGCCUGAAUGUAUUAGUGUAUUUUGUUCUAUUACGGUGCUGCCCCCAAACUAUGCUUGCGUUAUAGGAGGAAUUCAAGAAUAAUAAACCUCCGUUGCCAAAAUAACAUUUAUUACGUGUCGACUGAAUGGAACUGUUGAUAAUUCUCUUUGGCUUCUUUGGUGUGGAAAAGUUUAAUUAGAAUGGAUGAUUCCGCAGUGCAGAUGUUAAUUAACGUUUUGGAUAUUACGUCUAGAGAUAACGCAUAACUGUUCACUCUGAUUCGAUUCCAUUUUCUACACGUGUCACACUAAACCCUGUUCUCGUUAAACAUCCAGGUAGUUAGUUUUCUGGUCAUUCUCAUCAGCUCGCGCUUCAAAUUCUGAUAUAAUCAGCCGAGUGCCUUUUGUUGUAUAUGCCGAUGUAGCUGAUGAAAAGCGUAGCCAGUCUCGUCAUGCAUUUUUUUUUUCUUUUUACACAUUUUGUAUUUUUUCCCUCUUUCUCUCCUUUUUUUUGUUUUUUUGUUUUUUUUUUGUUUUAGUUUAGCAUUUUGCAAGAAUUCACAUUGGUGCUCCCCAAGGUUAGCGAACAACAAGGGUCUAGGGAAUGCUAGCUUAUUAAAAGGAAAACUCCAUUCUCACCAAGGCUUCAGUUCUGAAGGACAUUAUGACAUAUUUUUCCUGGUCUGUCAUAGUAAGUAAGACGUGGAAAAUGAACAUGACUAUGAGUUAAGAAAAAAAAAAAAAAAAAAAAAAAAA